GUAUUUUUCAAUUUUUAAGCGAUAAUUUUGACAAACUUUUUUCAGAAUCAGAAACCUUGCGUGGGAAAUUUUAGUAAACUUUACAUAUUCAUCAAAGUGAAAAUAUAUACCAACAACGGCGAAGAGUGACUGAAAAGUUAAGAGACUUUUGUGGCUUCCGUCAUCGCUACUUGGUUAUCUUCGGUUGUUUCCCAGAUUGCACUGCAUUGGAAUGGAAUGCGAAAGUCAGCAGUCAAGACUCAAAGUCAAGAUCGUAUGACAAAUUCUGCCACUGAUGAUCUUCGAAAAUCGUGAAGGAUUCUGUUCUCAUUUGAACAUCCUUUUAUCUAAUGCUUCAGGCAUAUAAUACAAACUUUUUUACACAUUUUGAUCGGAACUUUUGUCGCGCAUUGAUACGUUCUUGGGUAUAAAUCAGUCUGAUGUUUACUGUGAAGGCUCCACUAUGCCAGCCAUAGAUCCGACAUCAGUGCCGUUUGAUUAUUACCUCAGAGGACUUGAUUUCGUCGCAGAAGAUGGCUCGUCACCGUCCAUCACCGUCACUCCACUGCCCACCACCACCGUGUCGGAUUUUCCGACCAUGUCGCCGGGAUUCACUCCCGAAGUGCACUGGAGCUUGACGGUGGUGUUUGUGAUCCUGUACACAGCGUUGUUCAUCCUGGCGUACAUUCAGUUGUGGAUGAUCUACUACUACCGACACAAACGAUUAUCAUAUCAGUCGGUUUUUUUAUUUUUAUGUUUAAUUUGGUCAGGAUUGCGCGUGACGUUGUUCUCGUUUUAUUUCCAAAAUGUCAAACUUGCCAAUGAUCUCCCGAUAUUUGCGUACUGGUUAUUGUACUGCUUUCCGGUCUGCAUCCAGUUUUCCUUACUGUGUUUGCUGGUCCUCUACUUUGCUCAGGUGCUGAUCAAAGCUCGCGUGCGAUACGGAGGACCUCGACGCUAUCGCUUGUAUCUGCGAUUGGGCAUGUUUGCGGCCGUGGCCAUAUUCCUGUCAACGGAUGUGUCUUGUGCCAUCCUCAACAAACUCCAUCAAGACAUGACACUGUUUGACAUAAUCCUUACGCGGGUUAUCAUCUGUGAUACCUUAUUUAUUCUUGCCAGUGUUGCCUUAUCAUUCUGCGUCUACAAAUUGGCUACCAUGUCUUCGGCCAAUAUUCUACUGGAAGCUAAGGGAGCUACAGUAACACAGGCCAGCUUAGUCUGUGUCGUGACAAUUUUGCUGUACAUUUCCCAUGCAGUGUACGACCUGAUAGCCAUAUCACUGCACCAAGUAAUACCCGAUUUCGGACUGGGUUGGAUCAACGUCUCCGACGAGGGAUAUCUGUUCAACAUCCAUAAAGGCUAUGGUUAUCUCAGCUUCGGAUUAGUGCUAUUCUUCUGGGAGGUGUUACCCACAUUCACCGUUAUCAUAUUUUUCCGAGUUCGCAGGCCGAACAUUAUCGUGACAACGUCUACGAUGAAUUCCGGACAUUCUGUCGGCUCGUACUUCUUCAAUCAGCCUCGACGGUUCAGUAGCGACGAAGAUUUAACGCGCAGCACAUCCUCGGUGCCGGCACGCUCCUUACCCGUGGAAGAUCCCCGUUUAACCCGCAGUUUUAACGCCAAUUUGAGUAGUCCGCGUAGGCCGUUCGCCUACCGUCGUCUGAGUGACCGCAUCACCAUUACGCAGAGUGUGACGGAGCAGGAAGAGCGCUCCGGCUCGCCGCCCGUUCAGACGCUGGAAACAGCGGGAACGGUCAACACGGCGACCUCGCCGGACGAGUGAACGGCGGUGAACGUGUUUCGUUUUAGGAACGCGAUAGUUUUUUGUAGUGUGCAGAUGAGAUUAUUACAUUGUUGACAAAUGUGCAAUUGAAUUUGUAAUUAUACUGCUGUACAAUUUCUUUCGGCUGUGGUUCUUUUGGCUUUCCUGCCCGGAUCUUAUACUUCCUUGUGAUUUUUUUGGUUUGGUGACGUACUACAUGCAUUUCGACUUCAUGUGCUUGUGUUUUUUUCAGAGUAUGUUGGCUGCAGUCGUUUGUUUACUGCUACUCUGCUUUGUACGUAUGUCUUGCAUACUUCACAGUUUGCGUUGACAUUAAAAUUAUAAAAUUUUCGCUGGGUGG